AUGAAGAGAAAGUUCACUGACACCACCUUCAGCGAAAACCUGCCUUCGAAGUCCCAGCGAGUCCACUGCCACCACAGUGCCCCUCAGGGAUCCACACCGCUACCCCUCGAGGAGAAUACAUCGUCUACCCCGAACUACAACACUUCUGUGGAUUUACGUCGCGUUAUCGACGAGUUUGUGGCCAUUUACGAGCGUUUGGACAGUUCUGAUGAUCCCCUGGUGAAACCCAACUACUCCUACACCGAACUUGUGUACCUAGCUCUGCUCCGGUCUCCCAACUUCUGCCUGCCGAUAAAUGAAAUCUACAAGUAUAUCCAGACCAAGUUUCAGUUUUUCAGGAGAAAUACCCGUGAGCACUGGCGUAACGCUGUCCGUCACAGUCUCUCCAAGACUAAAUGUUUCACCAAGAUCGGAGUCCGUCGCGGCCCCAACUCCUCCGGCACAUACAACAGAUCUAUGUUCCUGUGGACCUUCUUUCCCAGCAGCAUCGUCAACUUCGCCCGUGGUGACUACCGUUCCAGUGUCGAUAAGGAAAGCGGAACCAAUACACUCAGGUGGGGAUACUAUCGUAUUAAUGCUGGUGAGUUCUGGGAUCGUGUUUCUCUUUCGUUGGAGACAAAGAUGACCACAUUCAAGGAAGCUCUUGCCGCGUCCCCAACUCAAGCCCAGAUUUUCGAGGUACAGUUGUGCAUCUUGCCCGGAACUGAGUCUCAAUACACAGAUCAACGCCAAUCAGCCUCUCCUGAGACCCACCCUGCCUACCGCCAGAGCUCACCCCCCUGUGUAAGCAUACCCACGUCGUCAAGCAGCCCAGCAUCCACCCACUCUAUUGAUGGAGUUCACCAUGUCAUGCCAACAUCAGUGCCACAGUACCAUCAAGCCCGAGCGACCCAUAGUCAGGACAGCCCUACCCUCAGCUUCAACAGCAGCACCAGUCCAUUCUAUCAAGCCAGCCCUGCUUUACCCUCAACGACCCAGGGGCAUCAGUACAUCGCCAGCCCCGAGCACGACAGCCCGUCCUUCCAGCAUCAGAACCCAACCCUGGCCCAGUCAACCCCGAACACCUGCCUCCACAAACUGUCCGGAACAGCGAACCGUAGCUUGUCUUGGGAGUCUUCAACAGACAUCCUGUCCUGUGCUUGGAACGCGGUAAACUCCACCCCCUGCGACAACUCCGACAGCGACCUAUCCUCCAACUCCGAGUGCCGUGACAGCGGGGUCAGCACCGACACCUCCAGCUCGGACAACAGCUACCUCCACGCGUUCAUCGGCGGUCGGCAGUUUCACUCACCACCCCAGAACGUCAACAUGUUCAGCCCGUCGUUUAAUCCCCAGCGUUACCAGUCAAACAAGAUGUCGUACACCGCCCACCAUGUCGACGCCCACCCCCACAGCAACCCCCGGGAUACUUUCACCGACGUCCAGCUCCUACCAGACGCAUCCCUCUCGUCCCUGUUCGAUCUGGCAUCAAGUCACCACCAAGAUUAUUCAGCGUUCGAUUUCCUCAACCAGGAUAACUGUGCGGUUAAACAGGAACCUGACAGUGGUUACGCAUCAUCCUUCGGACAUGACAGUUAUGUGGCGUUAACACACAGUUUCGUAUCCAGCGGUACACCUGUUUCGUCAUCAUGCAAAUACAGCACCCCGUCCGCCACUUCCGCUACGGCUGCGCACAGCUUUCUUCCGGAGUGCGAUCUCGCACAGUUUGACUUUCUGCAAGGACUGGAUGUUUCAACCCUUGCUUCUAUAGACAAUCUCGCCAGUUACAGUCAGUGA